CGUUAUAGUUAUUGUAUUAUGCACAUUUUUUAGUCAAUAAAUUUUGUAUCAAUAAUUAAAUAACUGAAGAAUUUGCCUACGAUUGAACAAUAAACAAUGUGGUUUGAACACACUGAAUUAAUAAAAAAAAAUCUCUAAAUAAGUUUCGAUGGAUUAUACAUAUAUGCAUUGCAAUUUUUCUAAGUAUAUGUUUAAUUAUUUCAAAUACAGUGAGCAAUAUCUAUUGAGCUUUGAUAAUACGAUUUCUGAAACUCAACUAUCUACCUAUGGAACAGCAAUCAAAACUCAUGAUGAAAUCAUAAUGGUCAUGUUAGGAACAUUGCGAGAAAUUAGUGAUCAUCAUAAUGCAAAAGAUUUGAUAACUGUUAAUUUAUACUUGAACAAUGUUUCGGGAUCCUUAAAUAUGAUCGCUAAAAACGAUAAUGGUGAAUUUAGUAGAUCUGAAAUUUCUAAACAUUUACUUAAAGGAUAUAAAAUAAUACAUCAAUCAAUUGUACAACGAUUAGAGUAUUUUAUUGAAGAUAAAUGUUCCAAUGUAUCCUUUGACAAUGAUUUUAUACUGUACACUAAUUUUAAAAAACCAAUUGAAUAUAGCUCGGAAAACUUACAUUGUGUAUUGGAACAGCUAAAAAAUAAAAUCAUUAAUGAUAUGAAAAUAUAUUUAACUUUAAGAGAUAUACAUUCAUUAGAAAACAAUCCAUUAUUAGAAAAUUAUAAUGUCAUUAUGAAAUAUUUAGCGUUAGCAUAUGAAAGUAAAAAAUACAAUCGUUUUCAUCCAAAAUAUUAUUUGUUUUAUGACUUAAUGGAGAAACGUCCUCAUAAUUUUGAACUAGAUCUUGCGUCAGGCUCCCAAGCAAAACAAAGAGCCUCCUAUAAUGACGAUGGCCAACUGAGCGACAUUUUAGACGAGCUGCGAUUUACACCGAUUUUGAAAACAAGUGAGAUAAAUUAUCGAAUAAAAUUGUUAGACAUAUUUCGAUUUGUCAAAUUCGAUUUUGAUUUGAUAAAUAUAGAGACAUUUCAGUUAUUGGUAAAUACAGCAGCAACACGGCCUAUUCUGUCUGCCUUGCGUAGUUAUGUGGUAUUAAUUAAUGUGUUUAUUCAUCAGAAUAAAGCGGUACAAUUCUAUUUAAAGGAUAAAAUUAUUAAAAUGGGUGAGGAUAUCACUGCUCUUAUAAAUGCUUUUAUGGAUUUAAAUUUAUUUAAAUGUAAUUUUAAAAAAAAAAUGAGAUAUAUAUUUAAUAAGACGUUUUAUUUUAUUGAAUCUCUCAAAGAUCUUAAUGAUUUAUUUAUAAAUGAACAAGCACGAAAACUUUUAACAUAUGUUGACUUAAUUAUGAAAAGAAAAUAUCUAUGUUUUAAAUUUAAUCACUUUGAUAAAACAUAUGAUGUAGAAGAUAGUAUUACUGAAGUUAUUGAUUCAACAGCCAAGAAAAUCUAUGCUUUAUCAAUAUAUAUUGAAAAAUUAAAAGAAUAUCAAUAUUGCUUUGAUAUUGCGAAUAAUUAUUUAACUCUAAAGAACUUAAACAUUCUUACAUUUAAAAAGGUCCUAAAACAUACAAUACCAUAUGCGCAAUUGGGAAAUUAUGAAGACAUAUAUCGUCCAUUGUAUUUUCCAAAUGAUAAUACAAAUGAUAGGAAAUUACAUAACAAUGAAGUCUUCGGUGAUGAAAAUUAUAAUGAUGAGAAAAAUAAUGAAGACAAUGAGGUUAUUGAAAUAAAAAAUGAGACGUUUUACUCUCCUAAAUACUUAGAAGAUUAUUUACUUUUUGUGUAACUUAUAAAUUGUUAGGUAAUAUUUAGAAUAUUUUUUAUUUGAUUUAAUAAAUAAAUUUAUAAUUUAUUUAAA